GGGAGGAGGUGCGACGCUUCCAAAAUGUCGCAGACAGCCAUGUCCGAGACCUACGAUUUCCUCUUUAAAUUCUUGGUUAUUGGAAAUGCUGGAACUGGCAAGUCCUGUUUACUUCAUCAGUUUAUUGAGAAGAAAUUCAAAGAUGACUCAAAUCAUACUAUAGGAGUGGAAUUUGGUUCAAAGAUAAUAAAUGUAGGGGGUAAAUAUGUAAAAUUACAGAUAUGGGACACGGCAGGACAAGAGAGAUUCAGGUCUGUAACAAGAAGCUACUACAGAGGUGCAGCGGGUGCUUUGCUUGUCUAUGACAUUACCAGCCGAGAAACCUACAACGCACUUACUAAUUGGUUGACGGAUGCAAGGAUGUUAGCAAGUCAAAAUAUUGUUAUCAUACUGUGUGGGAACAAAAAAGAUCUCGAUGCAGAUCGUGAAGUUACUUUUUUAGAAGCAUCCAGGUUUGCACAAGAAAAUGAGCUGAUGUUUUUGGAAACAAGUGCACUAACCGGGGAGAAUGUUGAAGAGGCCUUUGUACAGUGUGCAAGAAAAAUACUUAAUAAAAUUGAAUCAGGUGAACUGGAUCCAGAAAGGAUGGGCUCAGGAAUUCAAUAUGGAGAUGCUGCCUUGAGACAGCUGAGAUCCCCACGUAGAGCACAGGCUCAAAGUGCUCAAGAAUGUGGCUGUUAAAAAAAAACACAACAAAACAAACUGAACACUUGUUCUAGAAACAAAAGAUGUCCAUGGAAUUGGUGUGUGUGUAGCAACAACUGAUGCAGCUUGAAGGCUAUGCAGUUUUUUUAAAACAUCAUUACUACUGUAUGUGAACAGAAAAACCACUGCUGGUAAAACAAUACUGUAUGGUGGUAGGCAAGAAUGUGCAUAUGACAUAAGACUGCAAAACAAACCUGACGAUUCAGUGGACAAUACGAAGACUCACCUGUAUGUAAACAUUUUCCGUUACAUAUUUGUCACUCAACUUUAAAAUAUUGCUGUAUACUGUAUAUAAUGUAACAGUAAAUUUCCAAAGCAUGAUAUACUUAUGUUUGAUAUAAUAAAUGUUGCACUAAAAGCAAUUAUUUUAUUUUUUUAAUCAUAUUAACUAAAACUUGUUAACUGAGUUAGGCUUUAUCAUCAUGUUUGUGUUAAUUGCACACUAGGUUAUAUUUAAGACCUGAAAUACAAAGCCACUGGCACUGUCAGUGAUUUUCCUACUUCACUACGUUUGCCACAUUCUACGAGGUGUUUACAUGAUCCAUUCUUGAAGUACAGUGAGGACAUUACCUACGUUUACUAAUCUGUCAAAUUUGGAAUGGACGUUUUUAUUGAAGUGCAUCUAUCCUGUUUUCUGACAAUUCUUAAAUUUCUCUCAACUGUAUUUUUUUCCUACUUUGUAGGUUAAAAAUGCUGCUGCUAAGUCUCUGAAAUGACUGCUGUCUGACCUUGGAAGUUUAUCUGUGUUCUCUUGUUCUGUUCUUUUCUUUUCCUUUUCUACUUCUGUUGUAUAGAAGUGGGGGCCAAUGAGAUUUAUUUGUUUUUUGGCAAAAUUGUGUAUCUUCUGUUUAACAAUUCUACUACUGUGUGAUGAGUCCAUGAAAGAUCACCACAAUGAUUUCUCGUGUGUCUGUAUGAGAAAGCAGUUUCUUUAAGGUAUUGCUUAAUCUCGUUAGACUGCACUUCUCAAAAAUGCUUUAGCUACUAAUAAAGCAAUCUGCUAUAAAAAGUCUGUUCAGUGAAAAUACCUGUUCAGUGAGGCCAAGUGUUUCAAACAUACAGUACCUAGGAAGUGCAACCAACUAUACUGAAUGUGGAAUUUUCAUUAAAAUUUAUUUUAAAUAUUCUAAAAAACUAUAAUUGUAUUAUAGGAAUUUAAACAGAGGGCUUGAUGGUCCUAAUUGGAGGGUCUCUUCAUAAGUCUCCCCUCUGGCCUGGAAUAAGGUACCAUCCUCCCUGGUGUCAGAUCCCACUGAGGGUAUUUCAUAGUGUUGGGGAUUUAUAUACACGAGGAAAUGGAAUAUAGGUGGGCUACAUGCAUUUUCUUUCUGCCCCUGGAAAUUAUCAGGUAUUCAGCCUGUGAUAUUAACUUUAGUUCAGAGUUGUUUAGGAUGUUGGAAGCUCCCUCCUGACCUCUUCAUUGUGGGGCAAAACAGCCAGCACAGGAAAUCCUGUUGUCAUUAGACUGUCUCCCACCACCUUAGUAUAGCUCUAAUGGAGCCAUGACAACACAAAGCCUAGGUAUCUACAUCACUCUCCAGGAGUGGUGGGAAAUCGAUAUAGCUUUCGUAUUGCCCCCACUCCACAGGUCCUUAAGUGGCAUUGCUGAAGAAUGUAAUAAGGAGGGGGUAGAAAGGUUUCUCAUGAAUGUAAGUCCAGAAUAACUCCAUUAAGCCUAAGGUUAUACUGGUGUAACCGAACAGGAUUUGGCCCAGGAAACCUAGCAACAUAGAAAAUUAUUUCUUAGACAUCUAUUACAAUUUCAUGGGCAAAAACUGCAUUAUUGAGGGAUACCUGAAUCCUCACUUGAUAAAGAA